CUUAGAAUAAAGUUGGCAACACUGAGCCUAACCUGAGUCCUGUCCCUGUCCUGACAAUCGUAGUUUUAAAAUAAAAUGCAUUACUGAUUUUUCAAGAUUUUUACCUGUUUCACAACGAAAUGUGAUAAAGAAAUAUUUAAUUAAAAUAUUGUUAGAUUAAGUAUUAUUAAAUUUGUAUUAUACCGGCAUUUAAUAUGCUUAGAGCAAUCGCAGGCAUUUACUUUGAAAGCCAGGCUGUAACAAGAAGAGAUGGAUAUAAAAUAUUCCGAAUCUGCAAUUAUUCCAGCGUGACUGCCUCUGAUAAGACGGUGCUCAGUGGUGCGGGCGCGCGGAGUGCGGGCGCCGCGCCGCCGCCGCCGCCCGCGGAGCCCCCGCCGCCGCCCCCGCCUUCGCCGCCGCCGCCGCGCGCGCGCCCCUGGGCCGCCGCCGCGGCGCUCGCCCUCACCGCGUCGCUCGGGGGAAUAUACUUUUAUCAAAAACUAAACAAUGAAGACAAAGAGCGGCCGGCUUCCCGCGCCGCGGUGACGGAUGCAGCGGGCGAGGCGGAGGACGGCAAGGCGGAGGCGGCGCCCGUGCCGGCGCUGGCAGAGCAGCUGCCGGCGCACGCGCAGUUCCUGCUGGUGGGCGGCGGCACGGCGGCCUUCGCGGCCAUGCGCGCCAUCCGCAGCGCGCGCCCCGACGCGCAUGUGCUGCUGGUGGGCGCCGAGCCCGCGCUGCCCUACAUGCGCCCGCCGCUCAGCAAGGAGCUGUGGCGCGAGCCCGACCCCGCCGCCGCCGCCGCCGCGCCCGACGCGCUCGCCUUCCGCCAGUGGAACGGCCGCCGCCGCAGCCUCGCCUACGAGCCCGAGGCCUUCUACACGCCGCCCGAACGCAUGCGCGACGCGCCGUCCGGCGCCGCACUCGCGCGCGGCUGGCGCGUCGUGGCGCUCGACCCCGCCGCGCGCACCGCCGUGCUGGCCGCCGGCGCGCAGCGCCACGAGCUGCGCUACGACGCCGCGCUGCUGGCCACGGGAGCGCGCGCUCGUCGCCUGCCCGCGUUGCGCGCGGCGGCAACGGCGGGUCGCUCACUAGCGCUGCGCGACGUGCGCGACGCGGCGCGCCUGGCGCGCGCGCUGGAUGCGCCCGACGUGCGGCGCGUGGCCGUGGUGGGUGGCGGCUUCCUGGCGACCGAGCUGAGCGCGGCGCUGGCGGCGCGGCUGGCGGCGGAGGGUGCGGGGCGCCGCGUGGUGCAGCUGUACCGCGAGGUGGCGCCGCUGGCGCACGUGCUGCCGCCGUACCUGGCGGCGGACGUGGCGCGGCGGCUGGAGGCGGAGGGCGUGGAGCUGCGCGCGGGGGCGGAGGUGGUGGACUGCGACGUGGCGGCGGACGGCGUGCGGCUGCGGCUGGCGGACGGCGGCGGUGAGAACGCGCAGCUGGUGGUGGAGUGCGUGGGCGCGGCGCCGCGCGUGGAACUGGCGGCGCGCGCGGGGCUGGAGCUGGCUGACGGCGGGGUGCUCGUGAACGGCGAGUUGGCGGCGCGCUCGGGCGUGUGGGUGGCGGGCGACGUGGCCAGCUUCUGGGACGAGGCGCUGGGGAGGCGCCGCGUGGAGCACCACGACCACGCCGUGGUGUCGGGGCGACUGGCCGGCGAGAACAUGGCGGGCGUGAAGCCGCCGCAGGUGUACCGCCACCAGAGCAUGUUCUGGAGCGACCUGGGCCCGCAGCUCGGCUACGAGGCCAUCGGCAUCGUCGACUCGCGGCUGCGCACGGUGGGCGUGUUCGCGAGCGACGCCGUCGGCGCCGAGCGCACGUUGGCCGCGGCGGAGGGCGCAGUCGAAGCGACGCGCGAGCUCGAGGCGCCGCGCGAGGCGGAGGCGCCGCGCGAGCUCGAGGCGCCGCGCGAGGCGGAGGCGCCGCAGCGCUUCGAGCGCGGUGUGGUGUUCUACCUGCGCGACGAGCGCGUGGUGGGCGUGCUGCUGUGGAACCUGUUCAACAGAAUGCACGUCGCGAGGCAGGUGCUGGCGCGCGGCCACUUCGACGACCUGCUGGAGGCCGCCAAGCUGUUCUCGCCGCUCGACGAGGAGUAGCAUGUACUAUAUAUACACUAAGUUAUACAUUACAAUAAACUAGUUUACUCUA